GCUAUGCUUACCACGACUGCAUGCCCAACUUCCUCACUUCCACUUCCAUUCGUAUCCCGAAUCUCACACAUGCCAGAAUAACGCUGAGCCACUGGAUUUGCCAACGCUUGUGUUUUUACAAUACGGAUGAACGCAGCCAUGCAUUGCAAGCAAUGGCUGUUGAGGAGCUGAACUGAUGUCGUGUGGACCGUCUGUUCUAUACAAAUCUGUGGCUGUCAAGAUGUGUGGAUCUAUGUCUGCAAUAUCUCUGCAAGUCUGGGUGACACUGAUGUUGCUCUCUCGACUUCAAGGUAAGGUCCUUGCACCGUCUCAUCUGCAGGCGAUGACUGGACUUCCCUUCAUGCUGGCCUGCAAUAUUACCUUGGAGACAGGAGAGGAUUUAAAACAAGUGCUGUGGUUAGACAUGACAAAUAAAACUAUACUACACUAUCAGCCUGAUAAGUAUGACCACGUCACCCAAGUGGAUGGAGUUGAGCUUUCACAGCAAACCGCAGGUCAGCAAGCUCACACCAGCGUUAUCACCAUCAGAAGAGUCGCGCCAGCCAACGAGGGCUGCUACCAGUGUCUUUUUGAUGUGUACCCAACCGGGCAGCAGAGAGGAAGGACGUGUCUUUCACUUACGGCAAUGGUGGAAAUGAUGGACAAUAAAACAGUUGUGAGCGGAAAGCCUGUUACUCUUUUGUGCAAGUACAUUCUCAGUAAGCGAAUCCGGCAGGUUUUAUGGAAAAAAACAGCUGAGCAAGGGGACACCACCACUGUUGCUUCUUAUGUCAAGAAUGACAGACCCAUCAUUAAGACCCCUUUCAAGGAUCGGAUCACACUAAAUCCGUCACUUGGGCAAACCAAGCUCUCCAUACACCAGGCUCAGACAGAGGAUGAGGGCUGUUACACCUGCGAGUUCCACACGUACCCAGAUGGCAUUAAGAGUGCAACAGGUUGUCUGUCAGUUUAUGUCCUACCCAAACCUGAGGCCAGUUACGUCACCGUAUCGCAGGGCAUUGUUGAGGCGAACUGCUCAGCCGUGUCACGUCCUGCAGCAGAGAUUUCCUGGAACGUGGAGGGUCAUAAUCAAACUCUGGGCCCUGCCGUCACAUCAUUUUAUCAGCUAGGGGACGGCACCACCAUGGUGGUCAGUUCCAUUGAAAUGCAGACUGAGCUACUGGACGAUGAACUUGUGAAGUGUGAAGUUCAUCACCAAGGCCUUGAGUCUGCCAUCUAUGUGUCUCUGAAUAAAUCAAGGAACGUCCACGUCAUUCUCAUUUCAGCCAGCUGUGUGGCCCUUGUGCUGCUCAUAUGUCUGUGUAUCUGCCUGAAGAGGUGCUAACUUCACCUGCUGAUAUGGCUGACUGAAAUGAAAGGAGAUGCUGCUAUGUUCAGAUGUUCACCCUGACCAAACAACAGUGUUCCCUCUGUCUGAAUCACAGACGAAUCUGAGUCAACGUCUUCUAAUAUAACUGAUAUUCAGUGUAACAGUAUAUAAAAAAAAAUUUAAUCACAACACUAAAUGCCUUAUUUAUUAUAGACUGUAUAUUUUAGUAAAGCAUUUUUUCUUAGCGAAGCUGUACUGAAUCAUACUCUUUAAAGUGACCUAAAUAUAAGCAGACUUAUAUUAUCUGAAUGCUGACAUUCUAGAAAAGUCAAUAACCAGAACAUGUUAUUGUUAGCUUUACUGAUGUUUUGAUGUGUGUAAUAAAAUAACAGAGUUUUAUCAGGGGAACACUCUUGUAGACAUGAGC